AUGUACCAUAAAGAAAAGGCAAUUACCGUCACUGAACACCAGGUGGCAGCGUUUCCCGCCUGGGGCCGGGGCUGGACCACAGAUUCCUAUCCCUUCCUCUUGGAGGUGACCAUUCCCACCCCGUUCAGGCGCCGAAGUAACCAGAGCUGUGGACGGGACUGGUCGAGCGACCUCUUUGACGAGUGGAAUGAUUCCUUGAGCUCGUUUCCGAAUGGAAAUAUACCUCGGCGGAGACCAGCGAGUCCUCGGAAGGGCGAUGGGCAGGUGCGCAGGCUCCCGGAGUCCCGCGACCUAACCCGCGUUCAGACACUUCCAGGACAAACUCCGGGGCGCGGAGUCAUGUCGAGGGACAGCAUGACAGCUGUCCGGGGAGCCCCCGGGCACAGCGCAAGCCCCGCUGCCCCCAAAGAGAACGGACACACGGCGCCGAGCGCCGCUCAGCCGGACCCCAACUUUCCCCUUCCCUCCGCGGGGAGCUUCCCCGACGAUGCCCCGCUGUCCUCCACCGGAGAGCUGACCCACACCUGGGUGCACUUCGCCAAAACCUUCGUUCUCAUUUUCCCCAUUUAUGUCUUGGGCUAUUUUGAGUUCAGUUUCAGCUGGCUGCUGAUUGGGCUCGUCAUCUUUUUCUGGUGGAGGAGGAACACUGGAGGAAAGCUCAGCCGGCUGAGCCGAGCUUUGGCUUUCUUUGAGCAAGAGGAGCAAAGUGCCAGUCUAACCACCUCUGAUUUACCACCAUGGGUCCAUUUUCCAGACGUGGAGCGGGUGGAGUGGUUGAACAAGACGGUGAAGCAGAUGUGGCCGUACAUCUGCCAGUUUGUGGAAAAGCUGUUCCACGACAUCAUCGAGCCGGCGGUGAAGGAGUCCCACGCCCACCUCAGCACCUUCUGCUUCACCAAGAUCGACAUGGGGGACAAACCCCUGAGAAUCAACGGGGUCAAGGUUUACACAGAAAAUGUGGAUAAGCGACAGAUCAUCAUGGACCUGCAGAUUAGUUUUGCUGGCAACACUGAAAUUGAUGUGGACAUCAAACGGUACUACUGCAAAGCCGGCAUCAAGAGUAUCCAGAUCCACGGCAUGCUGAGAGUGGUGAUGGAGCCGUUGCUAGGGGACAUGCCUCUCGUCGGAGCCCUGUCAUUGUUUUUCCUCAAGAAGCCACUUCUGGAUAUAAACUGGACUGGACUCACUAAUAUUCUGGACAUUCCUGGGCUAAAUGGCUUCUCCAACAGCCUUAUUCAAGACAUAAUCUACAGUUACUUGGUUUUACCUAACCGUAUCACAAUCCCGCUGGUUGGAGACAUGGAGCUGGCCAAGCUUCGCUUUCCAAUGCCAAAGGGAGUCCUAAGGAUUCACUUUCUGGAGGCUCAGGAUCUGGAAGGGAAGGAUACAUUUCUGGGAGGGCUCAUCAUGGGCAAGUCCGACCCUUACGGUGUCCUGCAGAUCGGCAACCAGAUGUUCCAGAGCAAGACCAUCAAGCAGACCCUCCACCCCAAGUGGAAUGAAGUUUAUGAGGCUCUCGUGUAUGAACACUCGGGCCAGCAUCUUGAGAUUGAGCUAUUUGAUGAAGAUCCCGACAAAGACGACUUCCUGGGAAGCCUCAUGAUUGAUUUGACUGAGCUACACAAAGAACAGAAGGUGGAUGAGUGGUUUGAACUGGAGGAGGCUCCUACAGGGAAACUCCACCUGAAGCUGGAGUGGCUGUCUCUGUUCUCCACUCCUGAGAAGCUGGACCAGGUGCUCAGAAGUGUGCGUGCAGACAGAAGCCUAGCCAACGACGGACUGUCGUCAGCUCUGCUGGUCAUCUAUCUGGACUCUGCUAAAAACCUGCCUAGCGUCUUCACAGGCAGCUUAGGCUGUGGAAACUUGAGUGAGAGGAGAGCGUCUGGCCUAGUCUUUUGUGAGAGCAAUACGUCAGAGUAUAGAACAAUAUGUUCGGCCAAGAAGAGCAGCAGUGAACCCAGCCCCUAUGUCCAGUUCACCGUGGGACACAAAACACAGGAGAGCAGAGUAAGGUAUAAGACCAAGGAGCCUCUGUGGGAGGACUGUUUCUCAUUCCUGGUCCAUAAUCCAAGGAGGCAGGAGCUCGAGGUGGAGAUAAAAGAUGAGAAGCACAAAUGCACCCUGGGUAACCUGACAGUGCCUCUGAGUGGCCUGCUGUCAGAAGAGGACAUGACGCUGACUCAGUGCUUUCCUCUCAAGAACUCGGGCCCCAGCUCCACAGUCAAACUGAAGAUGGCCUUGCGGAUCCUAUCUCUGGAGAAGCAGGUGUCCUCCGACCUGCCCUCAUCGGUCCAGGUCAGGAAGCUGAGUUUGCCCCAGGCGGCCGCGGCAGCGCCCCCUCUGAGAAUGUCGGCCUCCGACUCGCCGCUGCUCUCGGCCACGCCCCCGCGGCCCACGUACGCCUCGGCCCUCACCCUGCAGCACCACGACGGCGAGCCGUACUCCGCCAGCCCGCUCCGCAGCGCCUCCAGCCUGAGCACCGGCAUCUCCGGCUCCCAGAAGCACCUGUCUCACAAGGAGUCCACCGCCAGCCUGGCCUCGGACAUCUCUCUGCCCACCGCCAGCCUGGAGCUGCAGCAAAGGCUUCAUCAGCUGCAGAAUGGCUCGACCCCCUUGCUGUGCCCGCUGGGGGAGGUCAAGCUGACUGUUCGACACAGCGCGCAGAGGAACAAACUCAUCGUGGUGGUGCACGCCUGUCGUAACCUGAUCGCCUUCACCAAAGACGGUUCAGACCCCCUCAUACGGCUCUAUCUGCUGCCCGACAAGAGCCGGACAGGAAGGAGGAAGACCAGCACGAUGAGGAGGACUCUCCACCCUGUCUUCGAACAAACGUUUGAGUUUAGUGUGUCUGUGGUGGAGCUCCACCGGAGAACUCUGGAUGUAGCAGUAAAGAACGGAGGGAGCAUCCUGUCCAAACACAAAGGCCUUCUGGGAAAGGUGCUGGUACAUUUGGGUGGGAAUGAUAUAUCAAAAGGAUUAACACAAUGGUACGAACUAAGAAAUUUUAUUGAAAUCUGCCCAAAUUCUUUUUGCUCUCUUCCCACUUCCCAGAGAAAAUGUGACAAAUGCUGUUUCAUUGUGUGUUUAAAAAGAAAUCUAACCAAAGGAACAGUUCACUGUUGCUGUCUCAAGAAAUCAUCAAUAACAAGGUCGUUUCGUAUCAGUUGUGGACAAAGAAUCAUGUCCAAGAGAGAGGCGUUUCUAGAGGCCGCCUCUAAGGAAAAAGUGGAGGAUUUUCUUCGCUUUAUUCAGCUCCAUAAGGACAAAACGGAUCCUUUCGAUGUGGAGGAGGUGGUGCAGGAGAUGCCCAGAGACCAGAGAGAGGCUCUGUGGGUCAGGCUGGAGUUGCUUCUUCGGGACAUCCUGCUGGACUCGCCUCCAGACCACUGGGAAGAGGCCAUGCAGCAGGAGAUGGCGUCAGACCCUAAACGUGUUAUGGCUGUUGUGGAUGGCGUGACUCUGGUGGCUACAGUUUCUCUAAACGUUUUACAAGAUGGAGACACCUACGCUGGCCUAUUGGAUAUUGCUCGCAGGCUUCACGAAAUCCUGGUGUUACUUCCUGUGUCGGAGGCACCUCUGCAGCUGCACAUCCAGCUGCUGUUUGAGGCCUGGUGGAAGAAAGGCCUCCAGGAGAAGGAAAGGUUUGGCUGCACAGCUUUCCUCACUGCCCUGCAGAGGAGCUUCAUCUUGAAUAAACCAGGCGCUGAGAUUCAGAGAGUGUGGAGUCUCCACGAUGUGCUUUUGAGUAUGGACUACACAUCAGAGGACAACAAGCAGAUAAUCGACUUAUUGCUCCAGUGCUUUCACCGUCCCAUUUACAUCAGACAUGAUGACGGGAAGCGGUUCCUGGUGUUUCUCUUCAGCUGGAACGUCAACUUCAUUUGGGCCAUUCAUGGUACCAUCAAAAACCAGCUGGAGUUUUAUAGCAAGCGCCUGAUGACUCACAUUAUAGAGAUCUACUUCAGGGCAUGGAAGAAAGCAAGUGGAGACUUUUUGGAGAAGAUUGAGAGCUCGUGCAUUCAGGAUUUUAUGCAGAAUGCAAUCUUCCUCCAGAGAACAUCACCUGUCCACGCCAAAGUCAGACAGAUUGUGAGUUAUUUCCACUCCAGAAAAGGCUGUCACAGUGUGGACAAGAUGCUCCAUAAACUCUACAAGCCAAUCCUGUGGAAAGCUCUCAAAGUUCCUAACUUUGAAGUCCGUGCAAAUGCCACUCUGCUGUUCACUGAGGCUUUCCCAGUCCAUGAUCCGGAUCAAAACCACGAGAAUAUAGACAUCAACAUUCAGAAGCAGCUGGACACAGUAAUGGUCCUCCUAGAUGACCCUCACCCCACGGUGCGCUCCAAUGCAACUUUGGGGGUUUGUAAAAUCCUUGCAAAGUGCUGGGAGCUGCUUCCUCCAACUAUCAUCACAGACUUCCUGAAGAAGCUGGUGUUGGAGCUUGCGGCUGACAUUAGCUCCCCUGAUGUCCGCUGCUCAGUUUUUAAGUGUCUGACUAUUGUUCUGGACAACCCUCUCAGCCAUCCACUAAUGGAAAAACUCCUGCCCUCGCUCAAGUACAGCCUCCAUGACAACUCAGAGAAAGUCCGCAUAGCUUUCCUGGACAUGCUGAUUAAGGUUAAAGCAGCUCGUGCUGCCAAGUUCUGGGACAUCUGCAAUAUGGACCACCUGCUGGCCCGCCUGGCUGUGGACUCGCCGUCAGUCUCCAGGCGGAUCGUCGAUCUGCUCUUCAAGUCUUUUUUCCCUGUAAACGAGUGCGAGAGGGAGUGGUGCUGCCGCUGCGUCACUCUCAUCCAGAUGAACCCCAUGGCUGCCAGGAAGUUCUACCAGUAUGCUCACAGACAUACGGCACCAACUAAUAUAAUAAAGCUGAUGUUGGCCAUCCGCCGCACUCUGAACGGCUGCAUCCAGGUUGACUGUGACCUGACGGAGAUUAACGACAGCAACAAGGAGAACAGCACGGCUGGAGCUGUUCCACUGGGGCCAGACACAGCCGUUGUGUCCAGUUUGCUGGAAGUGGUGGUCGUCCUUUGGAGAAGCGUCGAGAAGGCGCUGAAACAAAACGAAGAGGCGCACAAGUACACGACUGCUAAGUUCGGAAACGUCAUGGCCAAGUAUUUUCAGGCCUUUGAAGACGAGCGUUCCACUGUUCCUCUGAUACAGCUGGCAUCGUUUAUGCCCCCAGCUGCAGUCCCAACAUUCAGCUGUGGAGUCCUGUCCCGGCUGAGGAGGAUGGAGUCGGGAGCUGCCCCUUCGCAGUACAGCCAGCUGCUGGACUGCAUCUGUAGCUGGGGCCAGGCCGCUGACAUCCUUGAACUGGUCACCGACUGGCUCAGUGAGGGGCUGCCAAAGAAAAAAGGGGACAGCACGGCCAGCAGCAGGAAGGUGCGUAUUCAGGAUUCUGUGGAGGCCAAACCAGACCUAGCUCUGGCAUACCUGGAAUACCUUUUCUCUCAUAGUUCAACACGGGAAAAGGUCCUGGCUCUUGGUCAGAGACCUCUGAAGCAGCUCCAUACAGUUCUUGGGAACUGGAAGUCGGUGCUGUACAGCCACCUCAGUUCUUCGGGAGACCCUGAGCCUCCCAGCCUGGAAACGGCGCUGAGAGCCUUUACGUAUCACGGUCGUCUCGGGGCACAUCUGCAACAUAAUCUGACAGAAGGCCGCGACUACCUGCUGUCUCUGGAACACGUGGCAGCAUGGCUGGCAGACAGGGUGCUGCCCUUUCUAAGCAAACGCACCGGAGAUGAUGGCGAGGACUCGGAGAAGCUGCAGCCUCUGGCCGCACAGAUAACUGAGAGCUUCCUGACAGUCUGCUGUGAUGUUCUGCUCGUUGGUUUGGGCGACGAGACGUUCAAAGGUCAAAUCCUCCACCUGUGCUCGCUCGUCCUGCUCUCAGAUGCAGGCUACCUGUGUAUUCCCGUGGUGCUUUCAAUUUUAAAGGAGGUGGCAAGCUGUUGUGUUCCUGACGAGGAGCACCGGGCUCAGGAGAAUCAGGACACAGGCCCUGUCAUUAUGGGCGUGGUGGCCAACAUUUUCCAGAAGAUUAUCGAGAUGUUGGCUCGCCGCCUUCGUAAGGAGCCAGAGGAAGGAAAACAGCUUUGUCAGUCGGCUGUUCCUGGUCUGACAGACUUCCUGCAAGUGGCCCAAACCUGGGAUGGAGCCCCUCUGAGUGGGGUCUUUUCCACCAUCUUUGCUGUCAUCAUCGUGGAGAAAAGACAUUUAUUUCAGAAGAUGAGCCAUCCAGAGGACAUGAUCACGCCACAGACGGUGGACGACAUGCCUCCCUUGUCCAGCGUCCUGCUUUCUGUCAUUCUCAAAUCAUCCUCCAUCACCAAGUCGCUUAUGGCCGAGGUCAGCUCGUCUUUGGACUCGGAGGCCAUCAGCAGUCUCAUGGACCUGGCUGCUGUCCUGCACGUCAUGGUGGUCAUCAAACACAGAGGGCAGUGUAAAGCCGACUUAAAGAGGGCGGCCGUGUUCGUCCAGCAGCAGCUCAGCAGACACACGGCCUCGUCCUCAGCAGAAGACAUGCAGAGGGUUAUUUAUGAAUCCUCAGUGAAGACUUUGAAUGAGAUCCUGCAGUUCUGAUUUCCCCUCUCUUUUGAAAAGGAUCUGUGAUGUGGUUUGAGGUUUGGUGUCAUUGCUGCCUCACACUUUUACUGGAUGAGACAGAAGAGAGUCAGAAAGAAAACACCAAUAUUCAAAGCCAUGUGGAUUUCCUCUCAAAGUUUUUACAAAAACAGGCAAACUUCUCCAAAUGGCAGGAAUGAUGUCUUUUGAUUAAUUUACUCAUUCUUUAAAGGCUUUACUUCCCCAUAAACAUUCACAUGAAAAAGCAGUUAGUCUCUGUGUUUAUAUGGCUCUUUGAUGUGUUUGUGUUUGCUACUCAUCAGAAUAAAACAAACUGCAUCAAUCUAUGCAAACCUCCAGAUGUUUUCCUGCAUGUACAGCGAUUUGCAAAGUAAUAAAAUAUGAACUGU